AUGGUUGAAUUCAUGCAUGCAAAACAGGAGGAAUGCUUGAACAAGGAAAACAAGAAGAGCCGCAAGGGGCGCUUUUUAUUAGUUUACAGUGAUUUAUCUGAAAAUCUAGGAAUUUAAGCUAAAGAUAGAAUAUAAUAAUUGUGUGAGUAGCAUUAAAUGAUAAUUUCUGAUAAGAAAUCUGUCAAAUUGGCAGCAACUGAUUUGUAUCGCAAAAACGAUCCAAAUUAUGGCCCAAAAAGUAUUUCUUCAGUGAUACUUUACGAAAUAACUCGUGUGUGA